AUGAGGAUAUCCACCCUACCAAAUGCCAACGUGAGCUUCUCUAUGUUCCCGCUGACUGGCUUCCCAGGCCUGGAAUGGGCUCACCACUGGAUCUCACUACCCAUUUUUGUAGGAUACCUGGUGGCCCUCGUAGGUAAUGCUACCAUCUUGCAUCUGGUACGAACUGAGCCUUCUCUCCACCAGCCCAUGUACUACUUCUUGGCCAUCCUGGCUGUGACAGCCUUGGGCCUGUGCAUGUCCACGCUGCCCUCAGUGCUGGGUGUGCUGUGGUUUGAUGCCCGGAUGGUGGGACUGGUGCCCUGUGUUCUACAGCAACACUUUCUACACUCCUUGUCCUUCAUGGAGUCAGUGGUGCUCUUUGCCAUGGCUCUGGACUGCCCAGUGGUCAUCCGAUUCCCACCGCGCUAUGCGUCAGUGCUCACAGGUUCUCGUGUGCCACUGGCCGGGGCUGUGCUGGGCGUGCGGAGUGCUGCCAUCACUGUGGCACCCUCACUGCACCUACUGAAGUUUGACUACUGUCGCCCCGGGGCACUGUCCCAUGCCUACUGCCUUCACCAGGACAUGAUCCUCCUGGCCUGCUCUGACACACGUUUCAACAGACUCUAUGGGCUGUGCAUCAUCAUGCUGGCCAUGGGCUCUGAUGUCCUCUUCAUCCUGCUCUCCUACACUAUCAUUGUCCACACUGUGCUGGCCAUCGCCUCUGCCGGGGAGAGGCUCAAGGCCCUCAACACCUGUGUCUCACACAUCCUGGCCGUGCUCUGCUUCUAUGUGCCUGUGCUAGGCCUGUCUGUUGUGCACAGGUUUGGGCACCACACCUCACCCUUGGUGCACAUCUUCAUGGGCACUGUCUCUGUUCUCUUCCCACCCCGAUGA